CAUGGAAACUUGACCUGUAACGGCAUCUACAAGAAAAUAAUAAUAUUUAUAUCCAUAGUUCGAUAGAUGACAUUUAAGUUAAAUUCCAGAUUGAUGUAUAGCAAAGUGCAUAAAACUGAUUAUGCCGUGUUUCAUUCGAUAAUUUACGUAACCUUGAAUAGUUUUGUGUUAAAAUAUUUUCCACGCGUGGUAUCACAAACACUGAGAAUCACGAUAAAACGCAGAUGCAAGACUGACUUAUGGUAACCUAUGAACUUUGUUUAUACCAUUUGUAUUGUUUUAGUUCCUUAACUCGCUGACAUCUAGGUUAGCAGCGAAUUUAUAAGAAGAGUUUAUUUAACUAUGGUUCAACAAUAUAAGUCACCCGUACGGGUGUACAAACAUCCAUUUCCACUUGUGAUGAUGGCAUAUGAACGUAGGUUUCCGACAUGUCCUCAAAUUCCCGUCUUUGUUGGUUGCGAGAUAGUUUCAGAUGAGGAGAAUAACAACGGGGCGAUUCGAAUUACGGAGCGAAGAUGCAAACUCAAUGUCGAUGCACCAUAUAUCUUGAAGAAGAUAAUUGGCGUAGACUUCGUGUACUUCAUCCAAAAGAAUGUUUUGGACAGAGAAAACUGUAUCUUGGAAAUAGAAGCAUACAACGAAAGCUUUUCUUCAAGGGUGACGGUCAUUGAAAAAUGUAGAUACUUCGUCCACCCCGAAAAUCAGGAUUGGACGUGUUUCGAACAGACGGCAAGUUUGGAUAUAAAGAACUUCUUCGGAUUCGAAAAUUCAAUGGAAAAAUUGGCUAUGAAACAGUAUGCUCAAAAUAUCGCGAAGGGUAAAGAAAUAAUAGAAUAUUUUAUAGACGAAUUGAAGCAAGAGGGUAUUGUAUAUGUAGCACCAUGGACGAAUCCAAGCAAGAAUUCUGAGAAAACGGAUGGGGACAAGGAUACAGAAAAUCAAGCAUCACACAGUGGAAGCGACACUUAUUCGUACACAGAAAAUCUACAAACCAGAGAAAUGCAACUUUCUUCAGAUUACAUAGAAAGGUAUUUAGGAAAACUAGACAUGAUUCAAGAAAGCAAACUCGUUCAACUAUCGCAAAGUAUAAAAGAAUUAAGGGGAAGCUCUGUACCUGGUGAUGCGACGCUUUUAAGAUUUUUGAGAGCGACAGAAUUCUCAGUUGAUAAAGCAAAGGAUAUGUUAACACAAUCCCUCCACUGGCGAAAGAAGCAUCAAAUUGACAAACUUCUUGAAGAGUAUGAGAUACCACAAGUAGUCAAAGAUUAUUUCCCUGGAGGCUGGCAUCAUUUUGACAAAGAUGGACGCCCUUUAUAUAUUUUAAGAGUGGGCCAAAUGGAUAUGAAAGGUCUGUUAAAGUCCAUCGGAGAAGAUGAUUUAUUGUUAUUAGCUCUACACGUUUGUGAAGAAGGCCUCCUUCUUAUGGAGGAGGCGACCAAUUCUUCCGGUCAUCCGAUUUCUGAAUGGACUUUAUUGCUCGAUUUAGACGGAUUGAAUAUGCGUCAUUUAUGGAGACCAGGCAUAAAGGCGUUGCUGCGUAUUAUUGAAAUUGUUGAAAUAAAUUAUCCAGAAACCAUGGGAAGAGUUCUAUUUAUGCGAGCACCAAGAUGCUUCCCCAUUCUGUGGACACUCAUUAGCACAUUUAUAAAUGAAAAUACGAGAAAGAAAUUUAUAUUUUAUUGUGGUACUAAUUACCAAGAUGAAGGACCAGGCAGCCUCAGGGAGUACAUUUGUCCCGAAAUUAUACCUGAUUUUUUGGGAGGAUCGUGCGAGGUGUAUAUUAAUGAAGGAGGACUUGUACCGAAGCAUCUUUAUAAGAUGGAGUUAGAAAACCCGUCCUCUGAACAGGAACAAAGUUUGUACCAUUCCAUUAGCCUAAGUCGUGGACAGAUACACCGCAUAAUAAUACAUUCCAAUGACCCGGGAUCAGUUUUGACAUGGGACUUCGACGUGAUGCGACACAAUGUGAUAUUUACUGUAUUGUAUCAAGCUAGCACGGACAAUAAACAUGCCACUUCUUCUGGUUCAUCAGAAUUUCUGUCAAAUGAGAGUGCUGAAGUUUUAGAAACGGAAGAAGUCACAGGAUACUUUGUUAAAGUGCAACCAAGCAUCGUUUGUCAUGACGGUGAAAGUAUUCAGGGAUCUCAUAUAAUGCAGGGAGCAGGAAUAUACGUAUUACAGUGGUAUAAUCAAGAAGAAUUGGGAGAGUUUCUUCCAUCCAUAAGUGGCCAUAAAGCGCAAUUGAUGUACUUUUACGAGACAUUGCCGUCGGUUCACUACAGAGGGUCGAUGAUGAGUUUACAGUCGGCAAUAAGUGGAAAGUCAGAGGCAAGUUCGGCUUUGUCGAGAUGACGAGCUACACACACAACAUUCGACAAUAGUCAAUGAUUGGGAUUACGACAAAGAAAACAUAGUGUUAUACUUAUAACAAGUUAAUUAGUUUAUCCGGUAUUAGUUUAUACGAUACCGAAUUACAAUUCACUGUGUGUUACUUAAAUUUAUAGAUUUUAGUUUCUAUUCUAUAUUUGCAUCGAGCAUAUCAUUCCGAGUAUUGUAAGUAGAGAGCACGAUAUUUUAAUUUAAAAACAAAUGUAAAAUAAAGACAUGUUAAAUUUA